ACUAGCUAAAUACAGUCACACUGGUCACAUACUAAAAGUACACAAAUAAUUAAAUAAACCUUUUUGCAAUAACUACACAUCAUGGACACUGUGAAAGAGCUAAUACAAUUUAUACAACCCAAUCAGCGCCUGGAUCUUAAAGCAGUGGCUUUAACACAUGUGCUAAGUUUGACUGGCAGUACAGAAGGCAAGGAUGCAAUACUCUCGCUAGAUGACAUGCUAAUAGCUAUUUUCGGACUGACGUUGGAUGCCAGUGCAACAAUAGCAAAGGAUGCAGUUCUCAGCCUGAUAAAUCUCACGGCAGAGGAGGCAGGAGCAAUCAAAGUGUUUGAGCUGGCUCUGCAAGUGCAGCCCCGCUUUGCCAUUGUGGAUGUGGCGGCCAAACAAAUAUGCGACGAGCAAGCAGAGCUUGCAGAUGCCUGGAGCAUGGUGCUCAGCAACUUGACCCGCGUCGAGUCGCUGGUGCCGGCCAUACUAGACGCAUUGGAAAAGGUGUUGCCACAACUAGCCAAAGCGUUUGCCAAAUUAGACUAUAAUAAGAAAAAAUCCAAGCUUCAUUACUUGGCGCCUAUAUUUUGUAAUCUAACUCAGGUGUCGCGGGGUCGAGAACUCUGCUGCCAGCCAAAGUAUCAGCUGCUGGAGAAGUUGCUACCCUUUGCCUCGUUUGAGGAGAGCGUAGUGCGGCGCGGCGGCACCAUAGGCAUCAUUAAAAACAUAUGCUUUGAUGUAGUGUAUCAUGAUGUCAUAUUGAAUGAACAAGAUGAUAUUUUGGUUGCCAUUCUGCAGCCGCUGUGUGGACCAGAAGAGUUCAGCGAUGAAGACAAUGAGAAGCUACCCAUUGAACUGCAGUACCUGCCAGAAAGCAAGACGCGUGAAAUUGAUCCGGAUCUGCGCAAAAUGCUGCUAGAGUGCCUGUUGCAACUCUGUGCUACAAGACGCUGUCGCGAGGUGCUCCGCGCCAAGGGUGUCUAUGAAAUACUGCGAGAGUAUCACAAAUGGGAAGCGAAAGUAGGACGAGAUAGCGAAUGCUUGCUGGCUUGUGAGAACGUUGUCGAUAUUCUGCUCAAAAAAGAGGAAGAAAUUGGGUUGGACAAUUACCAUAAUAUAGAAGUAUCAGCAGAUCAGGCUGAUAAGUUUAUCCAGGAUGAUGCUGCCUAUGUUAAGACUCUCUUAGAUUAAUGUAACCCCCUCCCAGACUGUAAAUAUGCGUAGGCUAAGUUAAACACGUGUGUAAUAUUGAAAUUUCAAUAUAUGUAUGCAGUUUUUAUUCAGAA